AUGACGCGUACUAUUCAGACUGCCAUAAACGGUUUCUCAUCUAUUCUUCAUCCGGUCGAAACCUCAGUACCUAAGCCCGAGGUUCAGAUUUGGCCCGACCUACGUGAAGCACAUGGUGCAAAUUGCAACAAAGGUCUUUCAAAUUUAAAGGCAGAAUUAUCGGCAAAAUUUCCCCAGUUGAAUUUCACAGAGUGUCCAGGAGACUGGAACUACCCCCCACACAAUAUUAACGAAGCCACUAAACGUGCGGAAAGAGUUCAACAAUGUUCAAAAGAGCCUUCGAAGAUGUACCACAAUAUUGCGGUUAUCACGCAUCGGGGGUUUAUUGCUUUUCUUGUUCAGGGGGAUGGAUAUGAGGUUUGCGAAAUGCGAUCUUAUCGGUUUGCUACGAACGAUAUCAUGCAUGAUGACGAGGCGGCGGAUGUAACUUCGGAUUCGGCGACGAUUGGAGUUAACGUUGAUACGAUGGAAAUAUAUGACUUCGGGCGAAGGUACUGA